UACACAUGCUCUCCCAGUGUCUCCUAGUCUGACAAUAGAGGGCGCCAGCAACCAGGUUUUGGUCGCCAAUUGUCGGAAGAGCAACUCUGCCUGAUUUCGGUUUCAAAAGAUUUUUUUUUGCUUGCGUACCCUUGUUUCUUCUCCACAUGAUUUUUGCUCAGGAACUCUAUCAGAAAAGAUGCAAUUAAGACUUACGGUUUUCUUUGCUCAGUGAAAGACUGAAUCAACUGAACUCUUCAAUCAGUGACUCAACUGAAAUGCUCUUUAAUUCAAUUACAGAACAGACUGUUACUUAUUAUAAUUAUUAUUAGUUCGAGAGGAUUAGGUAAAAGUGAAUUACAUACUCUUGUGUGGAUAAAGAGAAUUCCCAAGCACUGACGUCGUCUGUUAUCUUUACUGUUAAUUCAGAAAGCAAAAUCGCUGUGAAUUCUUGCUCGCUACAGUGCAACAUUUUCGAAGGUGUGCUAGAACUGGAUUCUGCAUUCAAGGAAAGAAUUGUGCUCAAGAGGAAUUUCAAGUCUGAAUUUCACUUCAUCCUGGAAGUUUAUUUAUUAUUUUUUGAAGUCUUACCUCUUCACCGUGGAGCAGAUCUUCAAUGUAUUAAAAACGAAUUUAAAUUCGAGGAAGAAGGCUGGCUGAACAGUACUUCCUCGAAAUCAAUACAUUUGAGAACUAAAGAGUGAAAUAAUUUAUCACAGUUUGCUCUUGUGAUAGUUGAUCUCAAGACAUUUGUAUUUUAGCCAUCACUCUGCAUAUGUACUUGCGAAAGUGUUCAAAGAAGUAUUUCAUAAGCGACAAUCAACAACUAAGUAUUGUAGUCGCAUAAACUGUGAAAAAGGCCAUCCAAAUUGUAAUUGUACAUCUGUCAUCAAGAAUUCAUUAAAAGCAAGUUGCGGUUUUUAUUUGCAGUCGCAACUGAAACGAAGAUACUACUAGGCUGUAAACGAUUCAUCCUUUUUCUAUUUAUUGAUAUUUAAUUAUCAGCUUAACUUUUUACUCUAACAUCAGAGGACAUCGUAGAUUCCAUCAGAUUAACAGCUUCGAACAGUUUCGUACGUGAUUGUGCACAAAUGAAGUCAGACGUUCUAUAAUUUCAGUGUUUCUUCUCGGCAAUGCAGAGUGUGGUUAGUGCUUCCUAUCUAUUCAGUGGUCACUCCGUCGCGCGUUGAUGGACUUAAGCGUUCCCAAGCGGCCCAGCACACCCCCGCCGCCGGCUCCCCUGCGGCCACCCUCGCUCUAUCCGUCGUCGCCCGUGUCGCCGCACGGCACCGUGCCACUGCCCGGCAUGGUGCACUUCCCAACGCCCGGCGGAGGGGCUUCCUCGUCCCCGCAGAGACCGUCGGAUCUGGUCCCGCCAUCAGCCGUCGGAGGGUCGAUUCUCACUUCCUCAUCGUCUGCAGCGGGUGUUUCAGUUGAAAAUCCGGCUUUCAGCACAGGAUUGCUAACGGGUAAUUUGAGUCCUUUGUACCUGAAUACGAGGUUGACCGAUACGCUUCCGCAGCCGAGAAUAGUUCACGAUUUUUCUCCGUAUGGUUUAAGGCCGUACGACUUCGCAAGACAGCUCCUGACGUCACAGACAGCGGUGAACAAAAUAUUAGGUCGCUACUAUGAGACGGGUUCUCUUCGACCAGGCAUCAUUGGGGGUAGCAAGCCGAAAGUGGCUACCCCUGUGGUGGUGGCAAAAAUCGAGCAAUACAAGAGGGAAAAUCCCACCAUCUUCGCUUGGGAAAUCAGGGAAAGACUCAUCUCAGAAGGUGUGUGUACCAACAGUACGGCUCCCAGCGUCAGCUCCAUUAACCGGAUAUUGAGGAAUCGGGCAGCCGAGAGAGCCGCCGCCGAGUUUGCCCGGGCAGCCGGAUAUGGGAUGUAUCACCCGUACGCGGCUGCGGCAGCUUUUCCUUGGAGCGCCGCUGCGGCCGCUGCAGCUACAACACCUCAUAUGUGGCCGGCGUUCCAUGCAGGAUCAGCCGGACCUCUAGCGACUGGAUCCCCGGUGGAUCCGACAUCAUUGUCCGGUAUGAACCCUCUCAGAGACCAAAGGCAGAUGGCAGACAAAGAUAUCGAUGAAGGGGCAAGCUCGGAUUCAGGAGACAGGCCAAAGUUUCGCCGCAAUAGGACAACUUUUAGUCCGGAGCAGCUCGAAGUCCUAGAAGAGGAAUUCGAGAAAACGCACUACCCUUGCGUCAGCACCCGCGAAAGAUUAGCAGCCAAAACUAAUUUGUCGGAAGCCAGAGUACAGGUAUGGUUUUCUAACAGACGAGCAAAAUGGCGACGCCAUCAACGCAUGAAUAUGAUGAAGCCGGUGAAUGGGGCCGUCCCACCUACAUCUCCGACCCCAAGCCUAAGCCCGGUGCCGUCCCCAGAACCAGUGGCGCCCUCUAGUCAACCUCAACCUCCAAGACUCAUGGAUCACCUACCCAAGAUGGGAGGCGAGAAUUCCGCUUUUACUCCAGCUGCUAGGCAACCCUCUUCUUCACCGUCUUCGGAAUGAUUCAUCCUUCUCUUCACCAUCACUAUCUGCAUCUUCCCCUGCUGUGUGGAUCAUCUGCACCAAAAACUUUCCUCACUAAAAUCUUCAUGAAUCGUUGACACAAGUUCGGACAAAUGUACUUUCUACUUUCAUAUGUUCUUUCCUGAAAGACUAAACUCGAUGACAUCACUCAUCGCUGUCAGCGGCUGUUCUCUUUCGAAGACUGUAAAUCGAAAAUCUUUAAAUUAUGAAGAUACAGCCGAAGUAUUUGGUUUGUGGUCACAAGUCUGGUGUUAUCUUUAUUUCUUUUGUUGUUUUUUUAAAACACUUCAUGAUAAAAGAAAAGGAAGAUUUAGAAAAAGACAUUUAAAUGUACAUUGUGUAGUACCAUUUACUCCUGUGACAUAAUUUUAUGAAUUGUUUUAAACUUUGAUUCGAAUUAUAACACGCAGUUUUACAAAUAUUCUUUUAUUUACGAAUUUUUUGUUAAAAUUCUUACUUCUGUUUUUAAACUUAAAAUAUUCUUGUUUGUUUUAAAUUUGUUAAACAGCACUGCGUUAAGUAAAGAAAGAAAACGAAAACGAGGUAUUAGUGAUUCUUACUCGAGAUUUCGGGAUUCUGUGUUGAUUUUUACAUUUCACUGUGAAUCUUAAAACUACUUAGAAAUUAAACUUUUGUUGUCUUACCUUGAACAUUAUGAAUAAAAAAAUUACAGAUGACUUUGCAGUUCAUGUUUUGUGAUCAUGUGCUGCAAGCUUAAGACUUUAAUUUUUGAUGUAAUUUUAUGUAAAACGUACAGAUUCGUGAAUUGGGUGUAAUGCCGAUUAUAUGUAAAGCAACUAAAAAUAGUUUCGUUAACAUAGGUAUAUAAGCGCCAUAUAUUAGCAAAAGUUUUAAAAUUGAAUAUUUUAAAUUGAAAUAUAAAUUGAAAUCAAAAAUCUAAAAUCGUUAUAAUAAAAAUUAUAAAUAUGUGCAGUAUAUUCUGUUGGAAUUUCUGUAAAAACAAAGCAAUUAUUCUAAUUCGCUUCCUAACAAAUCUCUCUUUUUUUUUUUUUUUUUUUUUUUUUUUUUUUUUUGUAAAUUUUCAUAAAAAAAAAAAGAAGAAAUAAUCUUUGAUUUUGAAUAAAAAUGCGUAAUAACGUUUAAAACAAUGCAAUGAACAAAAAUUAAUUGCUUGAUAAGCAAAAUAUUUUCUUUCUAGAAAAUACGUUGCAAAUUAUUAAAAAUAAAUUAAACCUUUGUUUUCAAAUUAAAAAUUAAAUUUAAUUAAACACAAAAUUGUACUAAGUGUUAUGAUUUUUAGUUAGCGAAUCGUAUUACAUUAUUAAUCUCAUUUUGAAAUUUUAAACCGUUUUUUUCUUUUGUAUUUAUCUUAACUCUGUAUUUAUAUUAUUCGUAAUCAUUUAAACAUCCAACUAUUUAUAUUUAUGAGUUAAAUAUUUUGUAAAUGUUGUGAGAAUGUUUCACUGAAUUCAUCUUCAUUAUGAAAGGCAGAUAAUACUGUUAAAACAUAUUAAAUACAUUGUAAAAAUAUACGAGAACAGCCUUGUGGCGUUUCAAUGAAUUAACAAGUGAGAGUAAGAAAUCAUCUGUAGACCCUACAGAGAUAAACUAUGAACCAAUUUUGGUCUUUGAGUUCCAAAAUCUGGGGGACUGUGUAAUACCCAGUAUGUGUUAUUUUUAGAGAAGCGACUUUUACAAAAUGUUCAUUAUGUGCAUGAGUCCUUGAAAUUGCUCCAUGUUUGUAUUUAGUAAACAGUUUUUCAGCAUAUUGUUCUGUUUUAUUCGCAUUUUGUUAGCAAUCAUUGUUUUGUAUGUGUCUUGUGUGAAAUAUAAUUUAUCUCCUUUUUUCUUUAAAAAAA